AUGGGAGACUGCGGUCAUCCUUCCAGCGCCACGCCGUUUCCGCAGCGUCCGAUCAUUAUCCUCGGUGCGGGAAUUAUAGGGUGUGCAGCCGCUAGGCAGCUUCUUCUCGAUGGCUUCUCUGUUAUCCUAGUGGCAGAAUACCUACCGGGGGACCAGAACAUAUUUUACGCUUCCGCCUGGGCGGGGGCUGCAUGGCAUGCAGCAGGUGGGAUUAGCCCCGAGCAACGCUAUCUCCAAGCCGUCUGCUACCGGCAUCUAUUGAAGAUGGCGCGAGACGAGCCUGGUUCUGGCGUUUCUAUUGUUGAUUCCAAAGAAUACCUGGAACAAGCUCCGCCCGAGAACUCCUCGGCCUGGGGCAAGACUAUACUUCCCAAGUUCCGCGACUUGACCUCUGGUGAACUUCCUUCGAAUUUCAACUGCGGAUGGGCAUACGAAACCGUGGUUACAGAUCCAACUAGACACAUGCCACAUCUUCGAGAGAAGAUUAUAUCCCUUGGAGGACAGUUCGUCCGAAAGCGAGUUGAAUCGUUAGAGGAGCUUUACGCACUGUUCCCCGAGUCAAACAUUUUCAUCAAUGCUAGCGGUAUCGGCAGCAAGACGCUUCGUGACGUCCAGGAUGGUAAAUGCUUCGCCGAGCGUGGUCAAAAUGUGUUCUACCGUACGAGCAACUGCCAUACGUUAUACUUCCGUAACGGAAAGCAGUACACAUACAUCAUCCCACGUCCAUUAUCCCAAGGCGUGAUCUUGGGAGGAGUCAAACAAAGGGGAAACCUGUCACCCGAAGUAGACAUGGAAAUUGCCCGGGAUGAAAUUGCCCGUGCGCAUCACCUUUCUCCUGAAAUUGUUCCCGCAAAUCCUUCCGAAGAGUCUCUCAGUUACAUUGUCGGCAUCCGUCCUUCUCGAGAAGGCGGCUUCCGGCUCGACUCCGAAAAAGUCGGAAAGCGCGUUAUCUUGUCAGCUUAUGGAUUUGGGGGUGGAGGGUAUGCUUUCUCGUACGGGAUUGCUGAUGCUCUAGUGAGAAUGGUUGAAAAGGCAGAAAGAGAGCACGUCAUCCUUUGA